AUGGGCAUCGACAUCGAUGAUCUUUUCGGCGUAGCCAUUGGUGGCAUACUGCUGGCGGAUGCUAGCCCACUGAGCGUGGGUGCGCUCCAGCCGCAAGCGGCAAUCGCCCCGAAGGCAACGCAUCCUCUCCCGGAGCUCGGGAUUCUUAAUACCGUCGCACCGGUGCUCCGACAAGGCGGCGGGCAUCUUGGGAGGCCACGGCAUCGCCAUGAGCUUCUUGCAGUCCUCCUCCUCCAGCCUGACGACCGUCCUCACCAACUCCCCCGUCGGCACGUACAUUAUCCUGUUGCUGUCCUCGGUGCGUACCGUGGGGAUCUUCGCCGUCGGCACGUACCUCACCCGAUGAUGUCCUCGGCGCGUACCGUGGGGAUGUCGACGCUCGCCAGCGCGGCCCCGGAAUCCAUCGGCCCAAAUAUCUCUAAGAUCUUGAGCCAGACUUCCUCCUCCGUUGUCGAAGGCUGCAACGGCGCCUUCUCCUCGUCCAUGGCGCUUACGGUGCCGGAGAUCAAUGAGGCCCUCGGCGUCUGCUACGAAGAUCUGGUCGAGUGUUACGAUGUGCUCAAAGAGGGCCAGUUCUACGGCUAUGAAGUUGCUAACCAACACAACAGAAAUCUUCUCGCCCUUCUCGAUGAGGCCAAGAGCCUGAGGCGUGCCGUCAUCGCAUUACACGGAACGCCGCUCCGGUACCCUCCCCAGCUUGGUUUCCUUUUCGAAUCCGGCGUUCAUCGUCCAAAGGCGCCCCACAUGGUGAUUUCGGAUUCCUCAGUCGGUCUGGAAAUUCAUGGAGUUGGGGUUGACACUUUUGGGAGCUUAGAACAUGAUGAUCGCUGUGGUUAA